AAAAAAACGAAAAAAAGCAGAAGGAGACCAAUUAGGAACUUGAGAAAAAGGGGUUGGGUUGCGCCAUACAUAUGAAACAGUAUACAAUAAUGAUACAUUUGACGAAUCAAAUACUAUGGUCCACUAAUGAAGCAUUUCAAUUUCUAAUUAGUUGAUAUUAGUUGAGAAUUUUGUCAGGGAUUGCUGUGAAAGGUUUCAUUCACGCCUAAUCCAUGUCGAGUAGACCCCGGUUGUUGUGAGAAUUCUUAAUUCAUGAGUUGUGGGGAGGAACUUAUGUCACCAAAAACAGAAACUAAAGCAAGUGUUGGAUUCAAAGCUGGUGUUAAAGAUUACAGAUUGACUUAUUACACUCCUGAUUAUGAAACCCUUGCUACUGAUAUCUUGGCAGCAUUCCGAGUAACUCCUCAACCUGGAGUUCCGCCUGAGGAAGCAGGAGCUGCGGUGGCUGCCGAAUCUUCCACUGGUACAUGGACAACUGUGUGGACCGAUGGACUUACCAGCCUUGAUCGUUACAAAGGACGAUGCUACCACAUCGAGCCUGUUGCUGGGGAGGAAAAUCAAUAUAUUGCUUAUGUAGCUUAUCCUUUGGACCUUUUUGAAGAAGGUUCUGUUACUAACAUGUUUACUUCCAUUGUGGGUAAUGUAUUUGGGUUCAAAGCCCUACGAGCUCUACGUCUGGAGGAUCUGAGAAUUCCUCCUGCUUAUUCUAAAACUUUCCAGGGCCCACCUCAUGGAAUCCAAGUUGAGAGAGAUAAAUUGAACAAGUAUGGUCGUCCCCUAUUGGGAUGUACUAUUAAACCAAAAUUGGGGUUAUCCGCAAAGAACUAUGGGAGAGCGGUUUAUGAGUGUCUCCGUGGUGGACUUGAUUUUACCAAGGAUGAUGAAAACGUGAACUCCCAACCGUUUAUGCGUUGGAGAGACCGUUUCUUAUUUUGCGCCGAAGCUAUUUAUAAAGCGCAGGCCGAAACAGGUGAAAUUAAAGGACAUUACUUGAAUGCUACUGCAGGUACAUCCGAAGAAAUGAUCAAAAGGGCGGUAUGUGCCCGAGAGUUGGGAGUUCCUAUCGUAAUGCAUGACUACUUAACAGGGGGAUUCACCGCAAAUACUAGCUUGGCUCAUUAUUGCCGAGACAAUGGCCUACUUCUUCACAUCCACCGCGCAAUGCAUGCAGUUAUUGAUAGACAGAGGAAUCAUGGUAUUCACUUCCGUGUACUAGCUAAAGCGUUGCGUAUGUCUGGGGGGGAUCAUAUUCACUCUGGUACCGUAGUAGGUAAACUGGAAGGGGAACGAGAUGUCACUUUGGGCUUUGUUGAUUUACUACGUGAUGAUUUUAUUGAAAAAGACCGGAGUCGCGGUAUUUAUUUCACUCAAGAUUGGGUAUCUAUGCCAGGUGUUCUGCCCGUGGCUUCAGGGGGUAUUCACGUUUGGCAUAUGCCUGCCCUGACCGAGAUAUUUGGGGAUGAUUCCGUGCUACAGUUCGGUGGAGGAACUUUGGGACACCCUUGGGGGAAUGCACCUGGUGCAGUAGCUAAUAGGGUAGCUUUAGAAGCGUGUGUACAAGCUCGUAAUGAGGGACGUGAUCUUGCUCGUGAAGGUAAUGAAAUUAUUCGUGAAGCUAGCAAAUGGAGUCCUGAACUGGCUGCUGCUUGUGAGGUAUGGAAAGAGAUCAAAUUUGAAUUCGAAGCAAUGGAUGUCUUGUAAUUCAGUGAUUCGGAUUCCCGUUCGUUCCACCAAUUAAAAUUAAACUCGGCCCAAUCUUUUACUAAAUAAAAGGAUUGAGCCGAACCAACUAAAGAAUAAGGCUCCUAUGUAUUUGCAUAUAUCAAUAUGUACAUACGUAUGCUAUGCAGUAUGCAAGCAAGAUCUAAAAUUAAAAUCUUCUCUUUAAAACUAAAGAGUUCAAUCUUUCUAUUGUUGGAUCCAUAAUGAACCCAUGGAUCCUCGGGAUUGGCGGAUCAUUUGAUAUUCUCUCUAGUUGUGGACUAUAGAUCAAGCUAAGGGUCACAACUCCUUCUACUCAUCCCGUAUAUUGUCCUUUUCGUUCCAUGUUUCAAUAGAAACUAAUAUUCAUAAUAUAUACAAAAAUUAUUCAGAGGAGGGAACAGAUCUUUCUUUCUAUCUUUCUAAUGAGUAUUUGUCUACGACAUGGGAGAAAAACCUCUGUUUUAAUU